AUGUCUGACGAAUUGGUAUCACUGAUUACGAAACAAUCGAUCUUUCAACAUAAUUUCCCGAUAGAUUUGAAUUUUGCUCAAGCGCCGGGCAUUAAGUCACCUACGGAACCAUCAUCACAAAGCGUACCAUACAACAAAUUAAUAUGUAGAAACAAUUCGGAAUUGUUCUUUGCUCAAGAUAAUCUUGUUAGAUGCUGUACAAUUAAUCCGAUUACUUCAAAUUACAAAUUAUUGAAAACUGCCCAUGCGGAUUUUGAAGUUGUGUCUUUGGAAAUUAAUGAAUCAAGCACGUUUUUGGCAAUUGUGGGUGAUCUGAUAGUUGAUAUUGUUUCCUUGCCACUGGUGUUGAACACAAAACAGAAAUCAGUUUUCAUUGAAGAUAAACAUUAUAGAAUUACUGAUGUUGGAAAGAUUAAAAAAGUGCUUUGGCAAUCGAUUGUUGCCAAUGACUCGAUGUUGGUGAUUUUGAAUGAUAAAUUUGAGGUGUAUGGCUUUGAUUUGAAAAAAUCUGUCACAAUUCCAGCAAUAAAGAUCUGCUUUGAUGAAAAGGUGAACUCUGUUACCUUUGGAUCGCGAAGAAAGAUAAAUGAUGGGUUGAAAUUGUACGCGUCAACUGAUGAUAAGAUUAUUAGUGUUGAUUUUUACAAUGACUCAACAAAAAUUGCCGUGUCGGAAUCUGCUAUAGAUGUCGCAAUUGGUGACUCUCAGAACGUCAUUGAGAUGAUCAAGGACAAAUUUCCAGGGCAAUUAACGUUGCUCACUCUGGCAGAGGCUCAAUUGAAGGUAUACGAGUCUUUACAUGACCAACUUCUGAAUAACUUGCGUGAGGUUAGAGGUCUAUACACUGAAGAUCCAUAUGAAUUGUUUAUUGUCGAACCAAAGUUGACAUCACCCGAUUAUAAACCAAGAACAGUGGCGCAAAUUGGGGCUGAUGACUUGGUGUCCUUUGGAGACAACGAGCACAUUGGAUUAUUAGCAGCAAUAGAGAACGAUACUAUUUUCUACUUUUCGAAUAUUCUUGGGUCCGGGUUGGUAGAAUAUGAAGAGCCAAAGCAGGUAAGCUAUACUAAGCCAAAGAAAGGUUUUGGUUUUGUUGACGCGCUUGAUGACAUAAACGCAGAAAAGCUAUUCUGGCAACAGGAUUUAAAUGCAUUGGAGUUUUUGCAAUCGGAGAAGCUACCUUUCAGUGGAAAGGGAUACUUGAAGAAUUUAAACGGCCGUGGUAAUAAAUUUGUUGCUGUGAUUGAUGGGAGCUUGGUUGUUGUUAAUUGCGAAUGGGUUGGUGAGCUUUUGGCUGAUUUGGAAAGCGAAAGUAUUGAUAUUUUGGAUAAGAUCAAACCAACUUACAACCUCCUUUCUUCUGGAAAGGACCUUCAAGGAUUCGCGGUUAUAACAAAGUUUGAUCUGGAAGUUGGAGUCAUUGUGCGUGAUAAUUUGGAAAUUGUGACAAUCAAUGCUGAUGUCAUUACUGAGCAGGAGGAGGCCAAAGAGGGAUUGAAGAUUGAUGAUAAGCCGUUUGUCCCAUCGCUUGCUAUAUCUGUUGAACCAUUUGCUGAAAUUCAAUCCAACCUCAAGGCGUUGGAAAACUCAGUCUCUUUGAAAUGUGACCCCAAUAUUAAACUUGAACCAACGAUCGAAGUGCUUGAAAAGUUGAAUAAUGAUUCCCUAAAAGUUAAUCAGGCUGUGUUUGGGUAUUCUGUGUAUGCCAUUAAGUUACAAUCUAGAACCCUUGCUCAGUUGAAAUCACUAAAACUACAAGUUGAGACGUUAAAGAACUUGACCGAUGAUACGCCAUAUAAUGAUGAAAUUGAUGAUAGGAUAAGCAAAGUAGUACAGAAACAAGAAGUGCUCGAUUCAAGAGUGAAGCAUAUACAAUCCAAGAUCAACAAUGAAAUGUACAAGGUCAAGAAUGUGCCCUUCUCAAAAGAAGAAAAGGAGUAUUUUGGGGAAAUCAACUCAUGGAACAAAAUCACAUUGGACAUGAUUGAGCAACUAAAGGGGCUUAGCGAAGAAGUGGAAGAAUGCAAGAAGAUCAGACCAGCUGAAGAGGAUCCGGAGGAGAAAGUUGUUUUGGAGAAUUUGCUACUACAACAAAAAGUCAAAAAAUUGCUUACGUGGUUGAAAUUUCAAGGCUCAGAGAUACAUGAUUUGAUGGAAAGAGUUAGUAUCAAAGCCUAA